AUGGGUCAGGACGAUCACAAAGGUGAGAACUUCAAAAGGUGCCCUUUAUGUUUUGUGAUGGUAUCCCAGAAGGAUUUGUACACCAUCUACAUUGAGAAUGUUAGGCAAUACUAUGUCGGUGAUACUAUAGAGUUUAUGCUUCUAACAAGACAAAAAGAUUCAUUUGUUCCAUACCAGAAAAAUAAAAAGGAGACAAGUACCAUGCAGUGUGAUGGCAAGGUCAUUUAUGAUCCCUUUUCAAAGUUUACAUUUACUUCAGAUGUUUGUCUGUCAGUCAGACAAGUAAUGUCAGAAUUGUACAGCUGGUUGGCUAGAGCAGAUGCAGGGCUUGUUGAUGAUUUGGAGAAGCUUCCAUAUGUUUGUGCUGCAAUGGAACAAUUACAACAGAGGAAGAAGUAUUGGAAUGAGCACCGAGCCUCUAAUAGCAAUAAAGCCAUCUUAAACACUAUUUGUAAAGUGGAGCCCCAUGGACUUACGACAAAUGCUUUCGAGGCUAAUGACAUUUCAAAUGGAGGGAGUGGUUUGGAUCAAUUUACUGUUGGUACUGAAUCACUAGAAGCCCAAGACACAUUUUUGUAUUCAUCAUAUGAAGAAAGCAAGAACUUGCAAGAGCACUUAGGUGGCUCUAGAGAUGCAAAGGGCAAUGAUUUUUACAAUUUCUACCAGGCAGUUGAUGGGCAGCACAUCAUUCUUCAUCCUUUAAAUGUGAAGUGUCUGCUACACCAUUAUGGAAUCUAUGAUUCAUUUCCACACAGGUUUGAUGGAAACUGUGAUUUAUUGUUCACCAUGUGUAUUAAGAUAUGGGACAAUGAAAUUCAAAAGUACUUGUAUAACUCUGGGCCUUUCCUCUCUGUCAUGUGUGUGUAUGUGCUUCAUCCAAAAUGGUUAAAAAAGAAUAAGUGGAAGGAUUUUAGAGUUGGAAACCGUCACUCAGUCGGAGGCAGUAAGGAGGCGCUAUCAAUAUUUAAGUCAUUUUUCCUUAACGACUACUUUUCAGGAAUUAGCCUUCUGUUUCAGCUUUGUGAAAUCGAUUUGAGUGGAGUUCUUCCUCCUGAUGCUUUGCUUCCAUUUAUGGAUGAAAUCCAGAAGCGUGACAAACAGAGGAAGCAGCUGGCUAGAAAGGUUAUACCAUCAGAGCGGAAGGAGAAAAUCAAAGCUGAGAUUGCGGCUGUGCAGUUUACUCCCAUGAUAACCAGUUUUGUGCUGUCUUCUUAUGAUGAUUCCCCUACAUUCUCUAUGGGUGACUUUGAAGUAUGCCUUGCAUUUUAUUUUGGAGUUUUUCUCAUGUUUGAUCUGUCCGGGCCCAGCAAUAUUAUGAGAAACUUGUAUUCUGUUGAAAUGGUUUUCUCAUUAAGCUGGUGGGUUCUAGAUUUGUGUUCUCUUACAUCAGCCCUUGUAAGUUCAACUGUGAUAUCAUCAAGUCCCCCAGUUGCUGGCGAGAGAAAACUGUUCUCAAACGUUACAAGGCUUGGUUUUGCUGCCGGGUAUGAUUCUCCUUCACUGAAAUUUGAGGAUGGAAAUACUGUGCAUUACAAUGAGGUGGCUAUUGAUUCCACAGGCGUAGCAGGCUCAAGAAAUUCAGGCACACCUUCAUUUGCCAAUGUAAUAACUAGAGCGAAGGCUGUUGAAACUUGGGAGACGCCUAAGAUGAAUGAGAUGGGGAAGAAAGGAAAGAAAUCAAGUCGGCUCCUUUUGUCAACAGCUGGUGGUCGACGCUAUUGA